UGGUUCACACACACUUGCUCUCUCGUGCUCUUCCUCACACCCUCUGUGGUGUGGUGGAGCAGCUAGCCUGUUACCUUGCUCGCUCUCUCAUUACAAGUUUGUAGUAGUGAUGUGAAAGACAGAUGGUAAGCUUGGCAGGUAAUUAAGGGUUAAGGACAGUCCCUGGUUGCAGGGGAGAGGGGGGCAGUGUUGGUUAUUUUAGUAUUGCACCACGGGAUUGGAGGGCUCAGAGGGACUGGGAUUGUCUGGGUUAUACUGCUUGGCUGGACUGGGGUACUGGUGGGUUGCACUGGGGCAGAAGAACCAGACUGGUCUGCUGUAUUGGGAGAGAAGUCUGGACUAUAUUAUUGAGAGACUACUACUGCCAGACUGGAUUAGACAAAGACUGGACUUUAUUUUUUUUGAGCUGGAGUUUUUCUGGGCUGGACUGGGUGAGAAGUGUCUGGUACUGGACCUGGGAAAUUCAUUCUACAGGUACAGUAGACAAGACUGGAGACUGUGUGUGUGAGUGGGCUCUGUGGAGACUGGUAGACGGACUAAAGGGUGAAGCAAGUGUUCUGGACCUGUGUUAUACUGGUAACAGUGGAAGGACUGGGAGAGACAAACUCGCUCAGUACAUGAUGAUCUGAGUCCCGAGGAGAGACAGGAGUUGGAGAGCAUCCGCCGUAGGAAACAAGAACUACUGCAAGACAUACAGAGGCUGAAGGGUGAGAUAGCAGAGGUGACAAAUGAAAUUGACAACCUAGGCAUAACCGACGAAAGGAAAAGCAUGCAGAGAAACAAGCAGGUGUUCAUGGGGUGCAAGAAGUUCAACAUGGACCCAAAGAAGGGGAUCCGGUUUUUGAUUGACAGCGGUCUGCUGAAGAACACCAGUGAUGACAUCGCCCAGUUCCUCUAUAAAGGGGAGGGGCUAAACAAGACCGCCAUCGGAGACUAUCUGGGGGAGAGAGAGGAUUUCAAUCUUGAGGUUCUACAAGCCUUUGUGGAGCUGCAUGAGUUUACUGACCUUAACCUGGUCCAGGCCCUCAGGCAGUUCCUGUGGAGUUUCCGGUUGCCAGGUGAAGCCCAGAAGAUCGAUCGCAUGAUGGAGGCGUUUGCCCAGAGAUACUGUCACUGUAACCCUGGCGUCUUCCAGCACAGCGAUACGUGUUAUGUGUUGUCGUUUGCUGUGAUCAUGCUGAACACCAGUCUCCAUAACCCCAAUGUGAAGGACAAACCCUCCCACCAGAGAUUCACCACCAUGAACAGAGGAAUCAACGAUGGCGGAGACUUACCUGAGGACCUACUCAGGAACCUGUAUGAGAGUAUAAAGAACGAACCCUUUAAGAUCCCAGAGGAUGAUGGGAACGACCUCACACACACUUUCUUCAACCCCGACCGGGAGGGCUGGCUACUCAAACUAGGAGGAGGCCGUGUGAAGACGUGGAAGAGACGAUGGUUCAUCCUCACAGACAACUGCCUGUACUACUUUGAGUACACUACUGAUAAGGAGCCUAGGGGUAUCAUCCCUCUGGAGAAUCUUAGUAUUAGAGAGGUGGACGACUCUAAGAAACCAAACUGUUUUGAGCUGUUCAUCCCGGACCACAGGGAUCAGGUGAUCAAGGCGUGUAAGACCGAGGCGGACGGACGCGUUGUCGAGGGCAACCACACCUUCUAUCGAAUCUCUGCCCCCACAGCUGAGGAGAAGGAAGAAUGGAUCACCAGCAUCAAAAAAGCCAUCAGCAGGGACCCCUUCUAUGAGAUGGUGGCAGCCCGGAAGAAGAAGGUGUCGGCUCUGACUAGCCCGUAGAAAGGCUCCAGCACUUCAGCAGGAGAAGCAGCAGACCUCACUCUACUCUAUAGCCCAGUGUCUAUGGACCUGAACUAAAGGAAUUACUAAAGGAACUAUAGAAUUAUGUAUAUAAGAAAGCAGAAUGUCCCCACAAUCUGAAAGGUGGAAGCUGUCAUCAUAUUGAUUACAUGUUGCAUUCUUCAGAUACACAAACACUGGAGGGGAAGGAUUUUGAAGGGGCACGGGUUUAGGAUGGAGAUCAGGAUGCAGAGAGGAUUGGACCUCCUUCAGCGCCCUCUACAGGAAGUUACAUCAGGCAAUAUUUUGCUUUGAUAUAAAAUGAACAGAGAAAGGUGCCAUUAACCUCUUUUUACAUAAACCUCUUCUCAUGAUGCUCUGUAGUAAUGACAGCACUAUCUCUUUCUGAAUGGUUCCCAUAACAAACCACCACUGUUUCCUCUCUCGCUCUCUCUUUCGCCCCUUACGGGUCGAGAUGAUACUUUGUUGUUUUGUUAAAUGUUUCCGGGACAUUGGCCUGUGUCAGUGAUCUGGGGGGUGAGAUAUGGGAGCUGAGUCGGCACAAUAGUUUAAAAAAAAUACUGUCUUGGCCGAAAGCCUUGUUAUGCCAUCACUGUGUUAGUUCUGUUCUUAAUUUAGUUUCUUGUUUUGAUACCUCUGUUACUACAACUGCACAGUCAUGUGGAAGGAGGUGGUAUGGAGGGAGGGGAGAAAGAAAUCAAGAAGGGGGUUGAGGGAAACAAAGGAUUGUAAUAUAUCACUACUCAGGUUGAAAUAUUCUGUCUCUUAUUCUGAUAUUGUGAUGAGUACUUUUGCAUAAACAGUAAGUUUGCAGGGAAGGAUAAUUUUUAUAAAGACCUUUCACAGUGUUAUUAUACAGUUGUAUGCUGUCUGUUACAAAUGUGUUGUCUUAUAAGAUGCAUUUCUGUCAUCAAUGACCCCUUUGGAGGGCUGUGUUUUUGUUUUUCAUUGGCAGAUAAAUUAAUCAGUAAUUUUUGUUCACAAUGCACUGUUUAUGAAAUGUAAAUCAAGCUUGAAUUAUUUGUUUGUUUGUUUAUCAAUAAUACAUAUAAUUUCUUGUAAAGUUGUUUUGUAUCAAAGGUUUGUCCCUCUUUAUGCAAUCAUAUGUUUGUUUAUUUGAUUUCAGUUAACCAGAUCUCAGAUUUAUUAAAUCUCAUGUUAAUCUCA